AUGAAACUCUUUGACUUCAUUCUUGCAUGGCCAAAAAAUCAGAAGACAAAAUGGUGUGAUAUAUGGUUAAUUAGACCUUCCUUAGUAGUAUGGCUUAUCUGGAAAGAAAGGAACAAGAGGAUUUUCAAGGAGACUUCAUUGUCACAGGGCAUGCUGGUGGAAAAGAUCAAAACUGCAAUAGAAGAAGUAAUGAAUGGAAGGAAAGUAAUAGGCAAGACUAAGAUAUACACUAAUUGGGAUGCACAAAUGGAGAAGAGAUGGGUCCUUAAAGAGCCACAAAUAUACGUGCCCCAAUCAAAGUGCCUUGGUAGAAAUACCAUCAGAUGGAAAACCCCUCCAAGGAGUUGGACAAAAUUGAACUUCGACAGUGCCAGUAAGGGGAAUCCGGGGGAAUCAGGUAUUGGAGCCAUAAUCUGGGAUGAGCAGGGCAAUAUCCUUCAUGGGUUGUUUGGUGGCAUUGGAGUUGCCACAAACAAUGAAGUGGAGAUUCAUGCACUAGAGGCAGGACUACGACUCUGUGUUAGGCAAGGAAUUUUUUAA